GGACGGUGGCCCGGCAGUGAGAACCUGCGGAAAGACCCCAGGGGGCUAGGAGAUUUGGGGGUUGCGGGUCGUUCGGGAUUGCUAGGAAGCCUCGUGACUGGGGCCAUGGGGACUCCUCUUGGGGCUGUGGCACUGCUGGUGGCGGAGAGGAAACAAUGGCGACAUCUGCCGGGCCUGCUGCUGUCGGGGAGAUGGAUUUGGAGACAAAGAACUAUGAAAUAUUCAUCAACUGGAAGAAGCAAUAUUACCAAGGUCCUUAUUGCAAACAGAGGAGAAAUUGCUUGCAGAGUGAUGCGAACAGCUAGGAAAAUGGGCGUGCAGUCAGUGGCUGUCUACAGCGAGGCAGACCGGAACUCCAUGCAUGUGGAGAUGGCAGAUGAAGCAUACUGCAUUGGUCCAGCUGCCUCACAACAGAGUUAUCUUUCCAUGGAAAAAAUCAUUCAAGUGGCCAAGGCUUCAGCAUCACAGGCUAUUCAUCCAGGGUAUGGUUUCCUCUCAGAAAACACUGAGUUUGCAGAGUUGUGUAAGCAAGAGGGAAUCAUUUUCAUAGGGCCCCCUUCAUCUGCCAUCAGAGAUAUGGGAAUUAAGAGCACCUCCAAGGCAAUCAUGUCUGCUGCUGGGGUUCCAAUUGUUGAAGGUUAUCAUGGGGAAGAUCAGUCAGACCAACGCCUGAAGGAACAUGCAAGAAGAAUUGGCUACCCCAUCAUGAUUAAGGCGGUUCGCGGCGGAGGUGGAAAAGGCAUGAGGAUAGCGAGAUCAGAAGGAGAGUUUCAAGAGCAGUUAGAAUCAGCCAGGAGAGAAGCCAGGAAGUCUUUCAACGAUGACGCUAUGCUGCUAGAGAAGUUUGUGGACACCCCGAGGCAUGUGGAAGUCCAAGUAUUUGGUGACCAACACGGCAACGCUGUGUACUUGUUUGAGAGAGACUGCAGUGUACAGAGAAGACACCAGAAAAUCAUUGAGGAGGCCCCAGGGCCUGGAAUUGAUCCCGAAACAAGAAGGAAGCUUGGGGAAGCCGCUGUGAAAGCUGCGAAGGCCGUCAAUUAUGUGGGUGCAGGCACUGUGGAGUUCAUCAUGGACUCAAACCACAACUUCUACUUCAUGGAGAUGAACACGCGGCUGCAGGUGGAGCAUCCUGUGACUGAGAUGAUCACGGGCACCGACCUGGUGGAAUGGCAGCUCCGGAUUGCUGCAGGAGAGAAGCUCCCUUUGAGUCAGAAAGAAAUCAGACUGAAAGGACAUGCCUUUGAAGCGAGAAUAUAUGCCGAAGACCCUCAGAAUAAUUUCAUGCCUGGGGCGGGACCCCUUGUGCACUUAUCCACACCGCCACCAGAGCCGAGUCUUAGGAUCGAAACGGGAGUGAGGCAAGGGGACGAAGUGUCCGUGCACUAUGACCCCAUGAUUGCGAAGCUCGUUGUCUGGGCUGCCGACCGCCAAGCAGCGUUGAAGAAGCUUCGGUACGGCCUUCGGCAGUACAACAUCACAGGACUGCACACCAACAUCGACUUCUUGCUGAGUCUUUCCAGACACCCCGAGUUUGAAGCUGGCAACGUGCAUACAGACUUUAUCCCGCAACACUACCAGGACUUGCUGCCCCCUCCAAGGGCCACGGCCAGAGAGGUCUUGUGUCAGGCUGCCCUGGGACUCCUCCUGCGGGAGAAAGGGGCGACCGGCGCUUUCAGGGACCAGACGGAGGAUCGGUUCUCACCUUUUGCGUCAGGGAGUGGCAGAAGAGUAAAUCUGUCUUACGUCAGAAACAUGACUCUCGAGGACGGGAAAAACAAGGUGGCCAUCGCUGUGAAGUACAACCGAGACGGAUCCUACAGCAUGCAGAUUGAAGAUAAAACUUUCGAAGUCCUCGGUGAUCUUUGUAACGAGGGAGGCUGCACAUACCUGAAAUGUUCUGUUAAUGGUGUCGUUAGUAAACCUAAGCUGAUUAUCUCCGAGAACACCAUUUACCUAUUUUCUGCGGAAGGGAGCGCCCAGAUCGGCAUCCCGGUGCCCAAAUAUUUAUCUGCAGCAAGAACUGAAGGCGGACAGGGGAGCACCCUGGCCCCCAUGACGGGGACAAUUGAGAAGAUUUUUGUGAAAGCUGGAGACAAAGUAAAGACUGGAGACAUCCUCAUGGUCAUGAUAGCCAUGAAAAUGGAGCACGCCAUCAAGGCCCCCAGGGACGGCACGGUCAAGAAAGUGUUGUUCCGAGAAGGUGCGCAGGCCAACAGACACGCCUCCUUAAUUGAGUUUGUGGAAGAAGACUCGGAGGAGCCGGCUCCAAACUGAGUCUGCCGGACCCUGAGUGCAAGCUUGGCCCUGCGCCCGCACAACGUGCCUUCCUGGCUCUCCCGGAGCCGCGACCUGCAGCACUUUUGUAUUCGCCGCCAUCUUGGCUUCCGUUACUCUUUCCUACUGGAAAUCAGGGACUUGGAGCCCAUCACUAUUUGCUGUCAGAAAGAUUUUAAGUUAAUAAAAAUUAAACGGAUUUUGUACAACCAGAAAGAGAAA